AUGGUGGCCAAAGUCAAUGAGGUGAAGUCCACAAUCCAGUUCCAGAUGAAGAAGGUGCUGUGUCUGGCCGUGGCAGUCGGCCACGUGAAGAUGACAGACGAUGAGCUUGUGUACAACAUCCACCUGGCUGUCAACUUCCUGGUGUCACUGCUCAAGAAGAAUUGGCAGAACGUCCAGGCCUUGUACAUCAAGAGCACCAUGGGCAAGCCCCAGCACCUGUACUAA